UAUUGAAUUUUUGGGACUUGAACCCUAUAUAUAAAACGUGACUUUCUGCGUUAAAGUGGUUUGCCAAAUGUAAUCGGAAAUCACGAUUAUAUAGUCGAUGACAGUUAAAAACUCAUUUAAACAAUUGUCUGUCUGUAACAGGCAAAAGUACCCCCUUUUUAAACUAUUCUGCGUUUUAUGGAAUUCUUGUGUACAUUUUUGGUUCGACCAAAUCAAUAUUAUAAAGCAAUUUCAUUAGCUAGGAAUUCUAGCUAUUGUAUUCUAAAUCUAAUUCACCGUGACGGGUUUUUAAACCACGGGCAAUGUAAUUGGUAUGUCAUAAAUUAUGUACAGACACAGGCACAGACAAUUAAACACUGUUUUUGUUGUUGUCUACUUCGUUUUAUUUGAUUUUUCGAGAUUUAUUAAUAAAACUGACAACAACCGUUCUAUGAUAAAGAGCACAAUAAAUUUUAGAAAGUUUUUUUCUAAAUCGGUUCUUCCCCAGGUUGAAAUAACUAAUUUCGAAUUAAAACGCUUACGCAACUACUAAAAUCAUAAUAGCAACUUCACAUGUAAACAAUUCAUGGAAUAUUUUAACUCUUGAUGCGAUUUUCGAUUAAUCAGAGCGUAUAGAAUUGUUCGAAGUUUUAUUUUCUGAGAAUCUUUUGGAUCUUGCAAUUCACCGUUCCCGUAAAAGAGAGUUUUCGCAAUGCAUUGUGGUAAAUGUAGUCAAAAACAUAAACAAUCAUGGAGGCGUCAGGAGAAAAAACACUUAAUACAGAUAUUUUAUCAGCUUGUUCAACACCUAAAAACAGCUUUUUUCAAAGCUUUACUUCACCAAACAACAUCGAAGUUUCCUUAGACAAUUUAUCUACAGAUUUCACCGUAGAGAAUGCUACAAACAUUGGGAAUUUGCCAGGAACUUCAACAACAAACGCUGCAGCUGGGGGAGGAUUUACAUGUUGUGUACCUUUAUGUUACAACAACUCAAAAAGAAACAGAGAAUUGUCGUUUUACGUCAUUCCAAAAGAUGAAGGUUUAAGAAAGACUUGGCUUUCAAAAAUAAGUAGAAAAAACUUUAAACCAACAUCAGGCCAUAGAGUAUGCUCUGCUCAUUUUGAAGGUGGUAAAAAAACGUACAUGAACAAUAUUCCAACGAUUGUACCAAAAACUAUAGCACCUACACCGGUUAAAAAAAGAAACACCAUGACUAGUCUUGGUUUAAAAAGAAAGCUACCUUCCCCUGAAAAACCUAAAGAGAUAAAUUCUUUACAAACAGAAGUUGAUGAAAAUAAAUUUACAGUGGACAGAUUUAAACACAACACUGCACAUUUUAAAUUUUACACUGGUUUUAAAAGCUACCAAAUGUUUAAACUUGUACUUGAAUAUUUACAACCAGCUGCUGACUCUCUAAUAUACUGGGGAUCAAAUACUAACAUUGAAAACACAAAAACCUAUAAUGGUAAACGUGGGCGAUCCAGAGCUACAACAGCUGAAACAGAAUUUUUUAUGAUUCUUAUUAGACUUCGCUGUGGAUUUCCUAUUGAAGAUAUGGCAAUACGAUUUAACAUGUCGACUAGUAAUGUAAGUCGAAUAUUCAUUACUUGGAUAGACUUUUUGCACACUCAACUGAGAGUACUUCCUAUAUGGGCUUCAAAAAAAACAGUAGCAGAGACAAUGCCAAAAUGUUUUAAAGAUUUAUAUCCCACAACACGUGUUAUAAUAGACUGUACAGAAAUAUUUACAGAGAUGCCUUCUUCAUACCGCAGCCAAUCAGCUACUUUUUCCAGCUAUAAACAUCACAACACUGCUAAAGGAUUGGUAGGGAUUGCACCAAGUGGAGCAGUUACAUUCGUAUCUGAUUUAUAUGCUGGAAGAAGUAGUGACCAAAAAAUUACUCGACACAGUGGAAUUUUAAAUUUAUUAGAACAUGGUGACUCGUUAAUGGCUGAUCGAGGAUUCGAUAUUGAAGAGGAUUUACCUGAUGGAGUAACUCUUAAUAUACCUGCGUUUCUAAAAGGUAAAACACAACUAGAUUUGGGAGAAGAACUUGAAACUAGAAGAAUUGCUUCUGUAAGAGUUCAUGUGGAGAGAGCAAUUAAUCGAGUUAAAAACUUUAGAAUUUUACAGUCAAUAUUUCCAUUGUCAAUGGCACCUGAUUUAAAUAAAGUCUGGGUAAUUUGCUGUUAUUUAGUCAAUUUUCUUCCACCACUUAUAGCACAGAAUGAGGAAUAAACAAUAUAUAUAUACGAAUAUAAAAUGUAUAUAAAAAUAUAUAUGCUAUGUAUCUUUAAAUAUUUCGUUGGACAUAAAGUCAAAAUAAAAUUUUGUCAGACAUGGUAACCAAUUCGUGUUCCAUUUUUCACUCUCAAACUUUAAAGUUUCAAUGUGCAUAAAUUUUUCAGUAUAAACUAUAAAAUCCAAUUCACUAAUUCCAGUUACUGCCAUGACACCUUGGCACUGAAAAUAACAUAUGUGACUCCGUUUAAGUUUGGGUUCUUCAUCACACAUUUGCAAAAAAAAACUUUUGUCGCCACAUGCUUCUUCGAUCGUCAAAUCUUUUUUUGAAAAAGGGCAUUUAACUUCAAUUGCUUUUGUUUCGCUAACAAUUCCAUCUGGACUGCAACCCAACCAAGGCCAUUUAGGAUUUAUAAAAAAACCACAUUUUUCCACAGUAACUUCUUUUGCUAAUUCAUAUUUUUUUACUGCAAUACUUUCCGUAGAAAUUCCAUAAUUACAGGCUUCUGAAAAAAAAGACUUAUUUUGACACAAAAUCUUUUUCAACAAUGAAGUUGGAAAGACCCCUUUACGCCUGUUUAUUACACUUCCAAAAUUAGAUGCAGUUAACCUUUUUUUUCGUUCUGCAAACCACGCUUUGCUAUUAGAUUGCUUUAUCGUUUUCUCUUCAAUAGUCUUAAUUUCUUUGCAUGUUACACUCAAAUGAUUUUUCACGAAAUUAAGAUUAAGCUCUGUCAGCAGGGUACUUUCAAUAUCAAAAUUAAAGUUUUCAAUGAGUUCAUUAAUAUGUUUUCUAACUGGUGCAUUUUCCUCUGCUUCCAUCUCACAGUUUGUCACAGAUGUUGUGAAAAAGAGCAAGGCUCAUAGUCAUUUCCUUGUAGCAAAGUAGCCAUUGUUACUCCUUGUUUAAGUUUUAAUAAGUUCCCACUAAGCUGCUUCAUUUUUUCACUUGACGGUUCUCUUGCAAAUAACGGUGUCGAACAGUGCUUUCGGUCACCAGUAACUAUUGGUCUUUUGCGACUUUUAUUUUUGUCCUUUUCAAAAUCAGCCUUUUCAAACUGCAAGUUUGAAAAUAAAAUAGCCUCAGAGUUCGCAGCUUCACCAGGUACAUGCCACUGUUGCAAAACAUCUGUACAUACUUUAUCAUCAGGAACACUUUUCAGUUCUAGUUCCCUGUAAUCUACAAGCUGGUAAAGGACUGCAGCGACAUGCUUACAACAACCCCCUGCUCCAGCUUUGCAGUUGCAUUUAGCAUAUAAAACAUCUCCAGAUUUUUGACAAAGGUGAAUGUACACGCUGUAUUGAAUUUUCUUCAUGGAGGCUGUUGCCAGGCAUUUAACAAUAAACAAACUUGUAUUUGCAACAAUAUUUGGUUUUACUCUGACCUUCUUCACGAAAUGCUCUUUAAAUAACCUGUAUCCCAGAAUUUUGUGCUUAAUUGCACCUCUAGAUUUAUUAUCCACUUCUAAAGUAUCUUCUACCAUAUACUUUUGUAGUUUUUUAUGAGAAAUGGCAGGCAAAAGAGAUAAGUCUUUGGACCAUUCUUUUAUACUACAGGUCAGUUCCUCUUCUUCGUCUCUUUCAAUUUCCUGAUUUGAAAUUUCUCUGAAAACU